AUGUCUCUCGACAUGACAGCUCCAGACUAUGAACCUACGAUGCGCCUCUCUAACAACGCUGCCUGCGCUCUUACUGUUUCGCCUUAUUUUGGACUCAUCGCUGAUCUGUACGCUCUAGAAUCCUUGAAAGACUACUUCUCACAGUUUGGUGAAGUCAGCGAAUGUACAGUCAUGCGCGACUCCGCUACUGGUCGUUCGCGAGGCUUCGGGUUCCUGACGUUCAGAGACCCCAAGUGUGUUAACACGGUGAUGGUGAAGGAGCAUUACCUUGACGGCAAGAUUAUCGACCCCAAGCGAGCAAUUCCCCGCGAGGAACAGGAGCGCACGAGCAAGAUCUUUGUUGGUGGAGUCAGCCAGGAAGCCACUGAAGAGGACUUCACCAAUUUCUUCAAGUCUUUCGGUCGAGUCGUCGAUGCAACCCUAAUGAUGGACAAGGAGACUGGUCGCCCCCGUGGCUUCGGUUUUGUUACUUUCGAUGGUGAUGCUGCUGUUGAUGCGACCUUGCGUCAACCUCUCCAGAUUCUGGGCAAGCCCAUCGAAGUCAAGCGUGCCCAACCCAGAGGCAACAUGCGUGACGAAGACGGUGGUGACAAGAAAUUUGGUCGCAACAACAAGUUCAACAACCGUGAUCAGGGCGGCAACGGCAAUAACGGCGGCGGCUACGACAACCAACAGAGUGCACCAGCUCAAGCCGGCACCGCCGGUAUGACACCCGCUAUGAUGGCUCAGUACUGGCAGCGCAUGCAACAGUACUUCCAGCAAAUGCAACAGAACCUCGCCCAACAACAAGCAGGCGGCGGCAUGGCCAACCCCAUGGGCGGCAUGAACCCGAUGCAAAUGCAGCAAAUGCAAGCACAGAUGAUGAACGGCGGCAUGAACCGCAACACUGGCUCCCCGAACCCCCAAAACAUGAUGGGUGGCAUGAACCCGAUGAUGCAACAGCAGAUGAUGGCUGGCGGCCCCAACGGCGGCAUGAACAACCAAGGUAUGAUGGGCCCCAGCGGCCCUGACGCACAACGACCCGCUUACACGCCCCAAGACCAACUUGCCUUUGAACAGCAAAAAUACGAACAGCAGCAGCAGCGCCGCAUGCAGCAGCAAGGCCCCUACGGCGGCACCCCUGCCUGGGAAGGCAUGUAUGAAGACAUGCCCCAGCCCCCGAGCGGCCCCGGUCGCGGCGGCUUUAAGGGCAACCAGCGCGGUCGACAGGGCAGUAGCCAGCCUCCGGGCGGUCCGGCGAAUGCGCCCAUCAACGCCCCCACGGGCCCCAAGAAUGCAGGCAAGCCUGGCGCGAACUAUCGUGGUGGCGGAAGGCACACCGGUGGCUUCAGGCACCAGCCAUAUGGUGGACGGGGUGGUUAG